AGGCAUCCCUUCUCAUCACACAAUCAGUCACAGAGUCAGCAGUCAGCACAGCCGGUGCCCCGCCUCCCCCGUCACCUCACCGGGUCGCCGCCAUGGGCGUGCGCCGCGGCUCGCUCCGUUCCUCCUCCAGCAUCGUCUUUCCCCUCCUCCUCUCCUUCCUCGUCGCACCGCCCGCCGCGGCGCAGCUGCCGUGGACGAACUGCGGGGACAGCGGCGCCUUCGAGCAGAACAGCACGUACCAGUCCAACCUCGAGCGGGCCUCCGCCGUCCUCCCCCGGAACGCCUCCUCCUCCGCGUCCCUCUUCGCGGCCGGCGCCGUCGGCGCCGCUCCGGACGUGGUCUACGCCCUCGCGCUCUGCCGCGGCGACGCGAGCGCCCCCACCUGCGCCGCGUGCCUCAGGGUCGCGUUCCAGGACGCGCAGCAGCUGUGCGCCUACAGCAGGGAGGUGUCCAUCUACUACGACCUCUGCUACCUCCGCUUUUCCGGCCGGGACUUCCUCGCCGGCGCCGGCGCCGACAACGACGAGAUGUACCUCCACAAGACGGAGAACGUGAGCGCGCCAACCGCGGCUUUCGACGCCGCCGUGGGCGCGCUCCUCAACGCGACAGCGGGCCGCGCGGCGGCGGACCCGACCAGGCGAUUCGCCACGGGCGAGGAGGCCCCAGGCGGGAGCGUCCCCGCGCUCUACGCGCUGGCGCAGUGCACGCCGGACAUGACGCCGGCGGGCUGCCGGAGCUGCCUGGCGAAUAUUACUCGGAUGGCGCGCAAAUUAUUCAGCGGGAGCCCGAGCGGGAGGUUCAUCAGGGUGCGCUGCAACUAUCGUUACGGGCUGCAACCGUUCUUCUCAGGGAGCCCACUGCUGCAGCUCCCAGCGCUGGCGUCGCCACCGCCACACACCAUGGUGCCGGUGCCGGCGAAGUCUACGUCACUGGUAAACGGACCAGGGAGGAAAAACAGAGCAACCAAAAUCUCUGUUGGUGUUGCCAGCUCCCUUUUCUUCAUGCUGAUUGGUUUGGCCUCUACUAUCAUUUGUUGGAAGAGGAAGACACCUGUCAGGAACCAGAACAAUCCGGUGCCGAUUAUCCCUAGAAAAAUACAGAUGCCAAAGAGGACUGGAAGAGGGAAAUGUGCGGUGUUCGAUUUACUUACCCUUCAAGAAGCAACCGAUAACUUCCAUGAGAAAAAUAAGCUUGGGGAAGGCGGGUUCGGUACCGUUUACAAGGGGAAGCUCUCUGAUGGACAAAAAAUAGCAGUGAAGAAGCUAUCCCAGUGUACAAGACAAGGACUUAAUCAGCUGCACAAUGAAGUGCAAGUGCUGGCCGAGCUCCAGCACGUAAAGCUUGUCAGGUUACUUGGAUUCUGCUCGGACCGGGAUGAGAUGAUGCUUGUUUAUGAGCAUAUAAAGAACGGAAGCCUUGAUAAAUUUCUAUUUGAUAAUAGUAGGAGGGCAAUCCUGAAUUAUGAGCAAAAGUACAAUAUCAUUCUAGGAAUUGCCAAGGGAAUAUUGUAUCUUCAUGAGGAUUCGAGCAUAAGGAUCAUUCACCGGGAUUUGAAAGCAAAUAACAUCUUGCUUGAUGAAAAAAUGAACCCAAAAAUUGCAGAUUUUGGACUGGCCAGGUUGCUAGGAGGUGGUCAUACUCAGACUAAGACAGCAAGUGUGGCCGGAACAUACGGAUAUAUGGCACCAGAGUAUGCAUUGUUCGGAAAAGUGUCACCAAAGAUCGAUGUUUUCAGCUUUGGUGUUUUGGUCCUGGAGAUUAUAACCGGGAAAAGAAAUACGAGUUCUGAUGAUUCGGACAAAGCUGCCAAUCUCCUAACUGAUGUAUGGAACUGUUGGACCAAGGGGACGGCAUUGCAGCUGAUUAACAAACCACUUGAUGGACAUACCAGGAGCAAGCUACUAAGAUGCAUCCACAUUGGUCUUCUUUGCGUCCAAGAGAAUCCUGAUGACAGGCCAAGCAUAUCUUCAGUUGUUGUAAUGCUAACUAGAAGCAGGAUAAGGCUUCAGAAGCCUCGACAACCUGCAUUUUUCUUUGGGGGAGACUCAAGUUCAGUGCUCGAUCGAUGCAUACAUGGGAACUAUGUAUACGAGAAGUCUGAUGUGAUUGUGGAGGAUAACUUUUCAGUGAACGAUGUUACUAAUACCGAUCCGGAUCCUAGAUGAGCUGAAAGGAUUCAGUUAUCUAUUGUUUGGAUGUAAGUUAUAGUUUAAGGGGUUGUCCCUUUGAUUUUUAUAUGUCAAAGUGCAGAGAUUUUUUUUUCUCAAAA